UGUUCCAUUUGGUUGCGUUUGCUUUGUUUAUUUUGAUGAUAUGCUUGUGUGAGACAUCGGACUAAUCAAGUAUAGUCGUUGAAAUACAAAGUUUGUGUCGACAAACAUAAGCCUUUUCGUUGACAGUAUAAUACAGCAGUCCGUGGUGCGAGCAGCAUAAACAAAUCUAUACAACCGUAUAUGGUCCUCAAUUGAUAAAGAAGAUGAUCAAAUUAUUUUCUUUAAAACAACAAAAGAAAGAUGAAGUUGCCGUUGGAGGAUCCCAUGCAGGGAAAAGUAAACCGACUGCUGCUCAGCUACGCCUCACCAAAGAUUUGAAUGAGCUUCAACUACCUAAGACUUGCAAGACUGAGUUUCCCGACCCCAACAAUCUUCUUAAGUUUAAACUUAUUAUAAAUCCCGAUGAAGGGUAUUACGUUGGUGGUGAAUUUACCUUCUCUUUUACGGUUGGUUUAAGUUACCCACACGAGGCACCCAAGGUGAAGUGCGAAACAAGGGUAUAUCAUCCCAAUAUUGACCUUGAAGGGAAUGUUUGUCUAAACAUCUUGCGUGAAGAUUGGAAACCAGUUCUAACAAUCAAUUCUGUCAUAUAUGGAAUACAAUAUCUUUUCCUGGAACCCAACCCAGAAGACCCUUUAAACAAAGAAGCAGCUGAGGUUUUGAGUACAAACAAAAGACAAUUUUCACAAAACGUUGUUCGGUCAAUGAGAGGGGGUUAUGUGGGGUCAGUUUAUUUUGAAAGGUGCCUCAAGUGACCCUAACAAACAAGUAAAACAACCAAGAACCAGAACACGAACUGAAGAAGACAGUUCACUUAUAUUUUCUCUAAUAAAAUCUACAUAUUUAAUGAAAAUAUGUUUGGUACUGUUACACAAUUGCAACCACUAUUUUCAGCGAUUUCUGAGCUAAAAAUACAGUUUUUGUUGUUGAUGGGGAAAUACCUGGUGAUACUUAGACAACUUGCAUGAUAUAUGUAACAUAGGAGCUAUUGUCAGUCUGGCGUGUUAAUUAUAACACGCUCGUUUCAUUAUUUACAUCUGCUAUUUUUACCAUUUUUUUUUGUGGAAAUUAUCGAAAAGUUGUUAAACCACUUUAAGUGUAUUUGUUGGGCCGCCAUUUAAAUAAAACAAUAACACAGUAAAUCA